AGUUUCAACCCUCAUGUAGCAGAUUAUAUUUCCUUUGCACAUUCCCUAAGUAUUAGCUUCAGCUCGCCUUCCUUCAAACAUCCAAUCCCCACCCACCUGCCCACUUCAGCUUGUUGCCCUCCUUCAGCAAUCCCCACCCACCCACAAUGGUUAGCGUGGAUGAUAUUCUCUCUGUUGCCAAAUGCAUGGCAGGACCAUUUUAUGUUGUCUAUUGGUAUACACUUGGUCCUCUCAUGUUCUACAAAGAAAAGAUGAAAAAAUUGAAAGAUGAAGCAGAAGAUCUACAAACCAAGAUGGAUGCCAAACUGAGAGAUCUCCGCGAAGCCGAGAGGGAUGGAAAGAGAUCAGCACCAGAAUUCAACUUGUGGAGGCAGAGGGCUGAAAAACUCUUAGGUGAAGCGACACAAACGCAGGACAGAUUCCGUGUAACUUUUAGUGGUCAGAGUGACAGAUCAUCAAAUGUUUCGGACACUUACACGUUUGGUAGAGAAGCGAUAAAGAUGAUUGAUGAUUUCAAGUAUUUGAAGGACGCGGUACCCCUGGAUGUCGCCACAAAGCUGGAAGCAAAUAGCUAUGUGGAAAGGUCAGGCAGAGCCAUGGUGGGAAGGGAGCGAGAGUUUCAGAGGCUUCAAGAACUUGCUGGUGAUGAUGACGUGAGCAUCAUUGGGAUCUACGGGAUGGGCGGGGUCGGAAAGACGGAACUCCUUAAUAAAUUCUAUAAUGAGACCCAUCUUAAGGAUACUCAUGACAUGAUUUGGAUCGAUAUGAAUGCUUGUCACAGUGUACAAGAUUCUCAAAGGGCUAUUGCAGCGAAGUUAGAAGUGCGUUGGAAUGAAAAUGAACAGCAGGAGGUACGAGCUCACCCCAUAUUUCAGUGCCUAAACAAGAAAAGUUACGUGCUAAUUUUGGAUGGUAUGUGGGAAGAAGUGAAUCUCGAUGAUGUUGGGAUCCCAAACCCACGGCAAAGCAAGUCCAAGGUCAUACUGACGACACGAAUAGAAAGUGUAUGUAACAGAAUGGGCGCAGCAAGAGCCAAGAUCCAAGUCAAAUGCUUAAAGUUCGAUGAAGCUUGGAGUCUGUUUACAGAGGAGGCAGGCGAGGGACUCAUCAAUUCUCACAGAAUGGUCGAGCGUCAUGCUAAGGCACUAGUGGGAAAAUGUGGGGGUCUGCCACUUGCCCUCGUAACGGUUGGACGUGCUAUGGCCGACAAGGAGGAUCCUCAAUCAUGGAAGCAUAAAAUCGAACAACUAGAUUCUUCACCUCAGGAGAUUCUAGGCCCUGGGGUUCUUUCUUCUUUGGCGCGUAGUUUUGACGAGCUUGCUGACGAUAGACUGGGAAAGUGUUUAUUGUAUAUUCUCUUGAUUCCAGGAACUGACAGGGUUUAUAAGGAAUGGAUCAUUGACUACUGCAUAGGAGAAGGGGUCAUAGAUGAUCUUCGCCGUGAUGGGGAUCAGAUCUACGAUGAGGGUCGCAGUUUACUUGGUGUCCUGAAGUCUAGAUCACUGUUAGAGAGUUACGAUCAUGAUGACAUGGACACCGUCAGGAUGCACCCUGUGAUUCGUUCCAUGGCCCUGUGGAUAGCUGGAGGACGUGGAAAUGAAGAGAACAAGUGGCUGGUGGAAGUAAAUAAACAGCUGAAAUCCCAACCCAGUGCUGAGAAGUGGAGAGGAGCAGAACGAAUUUCACUCGCAGGAAAUGAGAUAACUGAGCUGACUCAGAUACCAGACUGCCCAUCUCUGAUAACCUUCUCGAUGUGGCUGAAUCAGGGAUUAGCUAAGAUAAGUAACGGCUUCUUCCUAGCCAUGCCAAAUCUGAAGGUGCUAGACCUAUCACACAGUCUUAUUGAGGAAGUUCCAGCUGAAAUCGGGCGGCUGCUGGAGCUCCGGUACCUUGAUUUCUACAACACUAAAAUCCGUUCGCUACCAGAAGAAUUGGGGUGUUUGAAAAAGUUGAGGUUCUUACUGUUGUCUCGCACGCCCAACCUGACCAAAAUUCCUAAAGGAUUAAUAAGAAAACUCUAUGAAUUGCGAGUUUUGAGGAUGUACAACAGUUACAACAAUUGGAAUGCGGAGACGGAUGGGGAUGGGCUGGAGUUGGAAGAGCUUCAGAGUUUGGAGAAGUUGAAAGCGCUUGGAAUCAGCAUUAAUAAUGUCCUCGCCUUGGGAAAGCUUGCUCAAUCUCACAAAUUGGCUGAUUCCACACGUUAUCUUGAAAUAAGCAUCUCCCCAGGUCUGUCAAAACUUUCAACUGCAGACCUGGGGAGAGACUACAGAGCUCUUAAAGACCUUCGUCUCUAUCGUUGCAGCGACCUGGAGGAGUUGGAAAUCGCUAAAGGUGAUGACUUUGAACUCUCCAGAUUGCCGUGCUUGACAGAAGUCUACCUAUUUGAGCUUCCAAGAGCCAAAAUUCUUUGGAGAAGUGGGUGUCUCGAUUGCCUUAGCUAUCUACACAUUGAAGAUUGCAAAGAGAUGAGACAGCUAAUACACUACGAGGAGGAGGAGGAAGAAGAAGAAGAGAAGACCAAAGAGAUUGAUGUUUUGCCACAGCUCACAAUCUUGUCUCUCUUUAACAUGCCAGAGAUUGAGACCCUAAGCUGUGGGAGAAGACUACUGGCAUUCCCUUCCUUGAAUGAGCUCCACAUCAGUAACUGUCCCAAGCUGAAGACACUUCCAUUAAAUGCGCGUAAGCUGAAAUGCAUCAAGGGUAGCAAAGCAUGGUGGAACAAUUUAGAAUGGUCGGAAGACGACAACACAAUCAGGUCCAAACUCAAGGCCAUCUUCGAGGAGGAUGAACCCCCAAAGUAGUUGUAUGUUUGUCUAAAUUUGCUUCUCUUGCUGAUGCGUGCUAUCAUUUCGAAUUUACUUAUGCUUUUUUUUUUUUUUGAGUGCUAUCAUGUCGAAUUUACUUAUGAAUUUCCUUAUGUAUUUAUGUAUCCAUAUCGUGAUUUAUAACUGCUGUUAAAAUAUAUUGGCUAUGCGUGUCCCAGAGUGUUGUACUUGGGGUUGAAAAGGAUCUGUAACUCC